GGUGGUCAAAUUGUCUCCAUCCAAACUUCCAAGACCUUCGAGCUAUACAAACUUCCAUUCUUUCCUCCAAUUUGUUCCCUCAAUUGAACAAGACUUCCACGUCUCUCUUUGCCCGCUCAAGAUUUUCAAAGCCUCGAGUACUCGAAAGUCAAAACCAUUGAAUACCAUACACUGAUCAAUAACUCUUCUCCAUCUUAUAUCAAAUUCUGUUGUUGCCUAAACCUUUCAACUGUCAGAGUUGCUUCUCUUGAUCCCCGUAAUGGCUGCCACCAAUUCCACAGAUAGAAGAGAGUUAUCAAUGGCAAACAAGUAUCGAGACAGGGAAACAAGUCCUGACAGAACCAAGAUGACGAUCCUGCCAAAAUCAAAAUCUGAGCUGAAAGUAGCUGUGGUUUACUAUCUCACACGGAAUGGCCAAUUUGAGCAUCCUCAUUUCAUGGAAGUCCCUCUAUCUUCUCCCCAAGGACUUCAACUCAAAGACGUGACAGAUAGGCUAAACCAUCUCCGAGGUCAAGGCAUGGCUAGGAUGUAUUCCUGGUCCUCCAAAAGGAGGUACAAAAAUGGAUUUGUGUGGCAGGACUUGUCCGAAACUGACUCUAUACACCCUUGUGGUGGUCAUGAAUACAUUCUCAAAGGAUCAUUACUCUUAGAAACCUCUCUGAGCUUUCGGUACGAUACAACAUCAUCAAGAACCUCCAAAGUUUUCUCGGACAUUAUUAGUAGCUCAAGCGAGGACUCGAAUUCUCCAGCCAUUAGACGGAAAAACCGUUCAUGGACUACAUUCGAUGACCUUGAAGAAUACAAAGUUUACAAGGCCAAAAUCACUGGAGAAAUUGCUGGCGAGGGUACUUAUAACGUGUCAACACAGACAGAUGAUAAUAGAAGAGUGAAAAUUGAUGGUACUAGAGAAAUUGGGCACAGAGGGCGUAGCACUAUGUUGGGAAGCAAGGAGGAGGCUUCUCAACUAUCACUCAAAUCUAGUUCAAAAGCCUUCGAGAGUUUGGAAAGGUCUGUGGAGGAAAAUGGGUCGUCGGCGACUAUUAAAUAUGAGAAAGUAGGAAAUGAUUGUCCGAGUGGAAGAAUGAAGCCAUCUGUGGUUCUGAUGAAGCUGGUGGGAUGCGGAUCAAAGAGGUUCUCGAAUAAGAAUUAAUGGCUUGUAAUUUUUCCCCCUUUUUAUGGAGAUAUUUCGGAUUCAAUUUUCAUC